UCACAAGCAGGCGCCGCCCCCUGCAACCAAAUGGUCUACAUCUGCCUCCUGCAUGCUGGCCGGUUCAGCGAGGCGAUCCAGCCUUUCGCCUCGAUGACGAUCAAGGGCCUGUACGAGGACGCCGCCUGCAUCGUCCCGGGCAACAACGAGAAGUACUGCCCGAACGACCCGCAGAAGAGCGAGUGCUACGCGUCCACCUGCGUGAGUGGCACCGACUUCUGCGCGACGGAGCAGGUGGCCACCUUCGCGCGGCAGGAGAAGCGCGACAAGAAGACCAACGAGCUAUCCAUCAAGUACGAGCCGACGUGGCACCGCGAGAAGCGGCAGCACACGUGCUGCCACUACCCCGAGACGGAGGCUGUGUGGGACAGCCAGUGGGCGCGGAUCGACCUCUGGGACGAGGACGCGUUGGGCGGGAACGACUACCUCGGCGGGCUCGACCUCGACCUCCAGAACAAGGCGGACGCCAACUUCACCUUUGUCGUGGCGGAACACGAGGAGGACUUUUCGCUCAAGGGCAACAACAUCACGGUGGAGGUCGCCACGUUCUGGCACAAGCCGAUGGACUUCGCGGUGUCGCACGAGUGGGACGCGUCGCCCAAGCACUGGUCCUCCCUCGGCCUCUCGGAAAAGCCCGCCAAAAAGCCCAAGGAGUUUUCCUUCAAGUAG